AUGAACGGGAAUAUGAAUACUUUAUUUGUGCACGGUGGCCGUUCUCUGCGCAUCCAUUUUGACAGUACUCGAAUAACAGCACUUGCAAUCCGACAGUUGAGCUGGACAGUCGAGCAAGCAGGUGGAGCUAUAGUCGAUCAGCCUUCCAACGCGGAUGUCCUGGUGGUAGAUCCCGCCGCGCCUUGGGUCUUCCAAGACUUUCUCAAACCGAGGAGGCCCGAGCUCAGACCUAGCGUUGUGUUGGCCUUUUGGAUCCCUCUAUGUUUAACAACUCGAAGUUUGGUUUGGGUGAACCAUGCACAUUGGGAGCAGGUGGUCAUACCUUCCGAGCGGUCACCUCGUUCAGGAGUACCUCAAGGCAUCACUGCUUAUAGUUCGUUUCUGGCCGGAAUUACGUACGGAAAGAAUGCCCCGCCCCCCACCAAGGCUGUACCUCGCUCGUCGAUUGUACGAGAACGAGACAGCUCCGUCGUUUCUCAUCUCGAUAAUUCUGAUCUUGAAGUCUCACAAUCCCUGGAACCUGGUGUCCUAUCAGACAAUGAAUCUGUUGUCCCUCUUCGUAAAUCUAGUCACCCCGUAGUUCUCGAGAAAAAAUCCUGGACCUCUUUACCUCCGAUUGAUGCUUCUCACGAACGACCAACCGAGAAGGAUGAAGACGAAGUUUCUCGAAUUCUUCCUGCGUGCGAUGACUCUUUACCUCUUGAGGAUGUCAACAUGCCACCCGCCUCUCCCAUAUCCGGGUCGGCGCAACAGUGUCUGAUGGAAUCUGCAUUAAGAAACGUGGCGCCUUCAAGCUCCUCAGCCUCUCUGACCGAGCCGGCAAAGAAACCGCCCCCGAUUAUUCCAGAAGCUCCUAUCACCCAAUCUCAAAAUUCUCCUCAUCCUUCACCUUCACGAAAAGACAUACCACAACCACCUGCCGCCUCGCCUCUAACUCCGGCAACCGUUACCGUGGAGUCUGGUACAUUGGACGAGCCGAAUUCGAUACAGCUUGCUGGGGCGGAGCCGCCAACUGUGCCACCACGUUCGUUAACGAAACCCACCUCUGCUCAAUUCCCAGAGACGGUUGCUAAUGCCAAAGAGGCGCGCGUUUCUCCAGCCUUGGAUUCUAGCUCCUUUCCUGUUUCUAAACAUCCUAAUAGUGUACCACUCGAGUUCAGUUCCCAUAACUCGAACGCCACAAAGGAUGAAACUUUAGCAGAUGCAAAUGUGACAUCCAACGAAAGAAGUGAGCCGACUAUCGUUGCACAACCUUCAGACCCGCCUAAUGGAUUAUCGAGGACGCGAGCCGUACUACCUAACGAAACAAAUACACACAGUAAACCGGCAGAACCUACCACAUCUGCUGCCUCGUCUGUAGAAACCCCGUCAACCAAACGCCGUGCGUCGGCCUCUAAUACACCCAAUAACCCGGCGUCCGCUCUGAAGACUUCUGCCACGACUGGACUCAGGUAUAUCCCAGAGCAGUCGUCCGGAAUACAGAGCUCGAAGGCCUCUCCCUCAAAUUUAGCCAGGGUCAAACGAAAACAUAAAAUACGCCCUGCUCCGCAAGAAGAGAACGAUUCAGUUGCGUCGACUUCGUCACCGCGAGCGAGUCUCCCGAAAUCAAAGCUUAACAUUCAGUCUAGCCCGAACGGAACGAACGGAAAACCGCGCCCAUCCACUGUCGCUAAAACGAAUAAAGUGGCUCCACCUGUCAAGUCCAGCCAAAAAUCGAGUCUUGCACGCAGCCCAGAAGGCUCCACGGGCCCGUUUUCAGCUUCGUUGAUCCCGACUCCUGCUAGGGCUACCACGACUGAUACACCCCAUACCGCGCCUGGAUCUACUCUCUCCCGCCCGAAAGAAAUGAUAGUCCGAGUGAAGACCACUUCUACAAAGAACCCAACCCAGCAGAUCGCUUUGGUGCCCCCGGUCCUAAAAAGAGGACCGGCCUCAGCAGACCGUUCCGAAGACGAUGACGAUGACGAUGACGGAGGUGACGAUGACGAAGAUGGUAGCGGCGGUGAUAGUGAUAAUGACAGAGGCGAGGAUGGGCAUACAAACGGAGAUGGCAAUAGCGAUGGCGAUGAGGUCAAAGACAAGUAUGAGGAUGAGGAUGAAGUCGUUAUUAUAGAUAAUCCUCCCCCCAGACCCCCUGUUCCUACACUUGAACAACAGGCCGCUUUGGAUGCGAAACGACCUGCCUGGACGAAAGAAGAAGACCGGUACAUUAUUGACUACAUGAACUGGGUAUUCGCACAGGAUCCAUCAGCCUCGACUUCAGAAAUUAUGAGAGAGAUCGCAGCCAAUGUGAGUUUCUGCACCUUAUUCGGCAUUCUUCUCCGGCUUGUUGGCCGUUUCAACACGGUCCUGCACCGAAUGUCCUCGCCCCUGAGCUCGUCAACUAAUGGAACUUUGCAGUGUCCAUACCGACCUGCCAACAAUUGGCAGAAACGGUUCUCGUCCAAGGAAGACUCGAUCUACAUGAACGAAGUCCCCAUCCUCUUUGAGCGUCUUACGAACAAGACUUCUGGCGGGUCGAGCAGCAGAAACCGUAAUAAGACUUUGGAGAUUUUGAGUGGGACAAGGACAAGGGCGGGGAAUACAAGGGGCCCAAGGACGAGUGAUAUCGUGGUUUUAUCUGACGACGAAAGUACAUCUGGUGAUGAUGGUGGGUACAGCCCACCUCGUAAACGGUCCCGGUAUUCGCGGUCAAGCGCACGGCGAAGGUCCGACCGACUGGGUUGA